AUGAAUGAAGAAAAUGAAAAGAGUUAAGAAAUAGCAAAAGAAAUGUUAUUAGUAGGCCUAAACAACCCUGAAUUAAACGAUAACAUUGAUAAGGAAUGGAAUUCAAGGAGAAAUCAACCAAGACCAAAGACAGCUUUACAUGAUAGAAGAUAAUAAUAAUUAUAAGAAUUGAAAGAGUAAUUUUUAUCAUCACAUAAUUUAUAACAAAAGUAAGUUAAAUAAGAAAAAGUGGUUUAAUAAGUUCAUAAUAAUUUUUAACCUUUACCAUAAAAUAAGGAAUUAGGAGCACAAUUUGUUAAUGGAAUAGAAAAAUUUAAUGAGAACUAAACAAGAGAUUCUGGUGUAGCAAUUUGUUAUAAUUUGAUUGAGAAAAAUAAAGACUUAUAGUCAGUAUAAACAAUGAUAGAAUGUUUGUAUAGCAGUUCAAAAAAAAAUAUAAAUCCAAAGACAAAUAGUUAAAAUACAUUAGCAAUAGAUAUGGAAUUGAUGACUUUAGGAGAAAUAAUAAAACAGAAUGAAGAGAACUUAAAUGCGUAUUUAAUUGAUAAAAUUUUUCAAAUAAUAAAAAAGCACAUGAAUGUACUAAUUAAUUAUAUAUAGAGUAAUUCAGAUACAACUGUUUAAGCUAUAAGUUAUGUUUUGAUGUAAUUGUAAGCUCAUAUCAGUAUUUCAAAUACAUAUUAAGAAAUAAAUGAAUUUAUUUAUGACAAAGGGAGAUAAGUAUAAGUGGCAACAAUUUUAUCUUUAUUAUGUUAUUAUUUAAAAUAAUAAAAUAAGACAGAUGAUGUGAUUAUUUUAGGAUAAUUAAUUUUUGAUAUUUAUAAGGUAAAUUGAUAAAAUAUAUAGAAAUUAAUGAUUGAUAGUUUAGAAUUAUUGAAAUGUAUAGAGUUUCUACUAUGUUUAAAUUAAAACUUGAAUCAUGAAAUAAUAAUAUAGAGAACCUUAAAGUAUUGUUAGAUGCCAAUUAAUAAGAAUUCAAAAUAUUAUCUGAUAGUUUGUUAAGCAUGUAAAAUAAUAGAACAUAUGGGAUCAAAGACUAGAAUGAUGUCAAAUGAAGUAUUAAAGGAAAUGGAGAAAUUAGUGAAUGAUAGAAGAGUAGAUGUACAAGUUGCAGCUAAAAAAGCUAUAGCCGCUUGGAAGGAAUAAGAAAUAAAGCUAAUAGAACAUUAAUUGGAUUAAUUUUAUAAUAAAAUUGGUUUUUGUUAGACUCCAUAAACGGAAUAUUAAAAGAGAGGAUUUUAAAGUUUAGUAAGGGCAAGUUCUUAUGUAAGAAAGAAUUCUAGAUCUCCAAGUUUACCUAAGAAAUUAAAUAAUUAGAUAGUGAAACCUAAGAUUAGAGAGAAGAUUAAUAAAAUAAGAUCAAAUUCACCAAAAUUUUAAAUGUUGGAGGAAGAUACAGAGGAAAUGAGAAGAAAUUAGGCUUUAUAGUUAUUAAAAUAAAAAAAGGUAGUAAAUUAAUAAAAGAAAAAUGAAGAUGAGAUUUUUGAAGAUUCUUUAGAAACAAACCCAUUUUAAGGGAUUCCAUUAUAAUUCUAGGUUGAAUAAAAGGAAAUAAUUUAAAAAUAGGAAAUAGUGGAAUAAAACGAUGAAUUGUAAGAUAGUUUAAUGAAUAGUUCAAAAAAAAAAGAAGAUGUUAAGUAACUAAGUAAAAUGCCAAGUAUCUAAUAUAUUGAUAAUGUUUAAACGAUAAAAAAGUCAUUACAUUAAGAGAUAUAAUUGGAUAUUUAAGAAGAAGGAGAACAUAUUGAAUAAGUUGAUUUAAAUAUUUAAAAAGAGAAUGUAUAAUAAUUGGAGUUUUAGAAGUAAGAAAAUAGAGAUGAAUACUAAAAGAAAGUUUUGAAUGAAGAGAAUAAAAAUGGAUGUUUUAAGGGUUAAGAAUAAUUAGAGAUUAAUCAUUUAUAAGAUUCUGAUUAAGAAUAAUAAUAUUAGAGAAUAUAGUAAUAGGUUUAAAAGGUUAGAAGUGGGAAUGUAUAAAAAUUAGAGGAAGAUGAAAUAGAAUUUGAGGAGAUAGAGAAUGAAUAAAAUAAUUAAGAUAAUUAUUUAAAACCUUUUUAGAUAAAAUAAAUAUCAAAUUUUGAUGCAUCUUAAUAAGAAUUCUAAUAAGAAUUUAUAUCAAAAAAUAAUAAUAUAAAUUAUUAAUAGGAAUUAUUAUAGGAUAAUAAUACAGAGAAUUUAGAUGAAGAAUAAGAAAUAAUAAAUGAAAAUAAAUAUGAGAGGAAAGAGAAUGAAAUAAAAGUGAAAUCUGGUUAAGUGAUGUAAUAAGAAAAUAUAGAACUUGAUUUAACAAGUGAAGAUAUUUAAUAGGUUGAUAUGAUAAGAGAUGAUUAAAAAUAAAAAGAGAAUGGUAUGUAGAAUGAAAUAUAAUAAAAGAUAGAUAAUGUAUAGUAAGGAAUAUAAUAAUAAAAAGAUAAUUAAGAUAAUAGAGAGAAGAAAGAUAAAUAGAAAUAAUAAAGUGAAAAUGAAGGAGUACAAUAAUAAAAAAGAGUAGAGGGUAGAGUGAUAGAUAAUAAAGUGAUAGGAAAUAUAGAGAAUAAAAUAGAUAAUGAUGAAAAAAUAAAGAAGGUAGGAAAUGAAGAAUAUAAAGAGAGUAUUGGAAGUAAAGGUAGUGUUGAAAAAAGAAGUGAGAAGAGAGUAAGAUAUAAACAAAAUAGAUAUUAUUUUGAAUAAGCAUUAAAGAAAGCUAAAGAGAAUAUAAAUGAAGGAUAUGAGAUAUUAUUUGAGAAUUGUGAUGAUUUAUAAAAGAUACAGUAUAUAAAUGAAAGUAUGUUAGAUUUAUGAUGAUGGUGGGUCCAUAGAUAAAGAAAUUAAAUAAUAAGAUGAUGAAUAAAAUAAUAGAAUUUAUGAAUGAAAUGAAGGAAGCAGAAUUAUUAAAUGUUUUAGGGAUAAAUUUAUAUAAAUAAAUAUAAGAAUGUGAAUAUAUGGAUGAAAUAAAACAUGAAGAUAUGUAAGAAGUGAAGAAUGUUUUAUAUGAGAUAAGUGGAAGUAAUUCUGAAGGUAUUGGAAUGAUGGCAGUAAAUAUAUAUAAUGAACUUUGA